GUGUGUGUGUGUGUGUGUGUGUGUGUUAGGGAAGGAGAUGGUGGAUUAUAUCUGUCAGUACCUGACAGAGAUCAGACAGAGGCGUGUUCUCCCAGAUGUUCAGCCAGGCUUCAUGAAGUCUCAGCUCCCUGAUCAAGCUCCUCAUGAUCCGGAGUCGUGGGACACCAUCAUGCAGGACGUGGAGAACAUCAUCAUGCCUGGGGUUGUCCAUUGGCAGAGUCCUCAUAUGCAUGCGUAUUUUCCUGCUUUGACCUCAUGGCCAUCACUGCUGGGAGACAUGCUGUCAGAUGCCAUCAACUGCCUUGGCUUCACCUGGGCAUCAAGUCCUGCUUGUACAGAGUUGGAGAUGUGUGUUAUGGAUUGGCUGUGUAAAGCACUAGGGUUGCCAGAUCAUUUCCUUCAUCAUCACCCAGAGAGCCGCGGAGGGGGAAUACUGCAGAGUACAGUGAGUGAGUGCACACUGGUUGCCCUUCUCGCUUCCCGUAAAGACAAAAUCCUGCAGAUGAAGAACAGAAACUCUCCUACAGACACACACACAGACGCCUUCAGUGACACACACACUGACAUGGACGAGUCCACACUGAACUCCACACUCAUUGCCUACGCCUCAGACCAGGCUCACUCCUCAGUGGAGAAGGCUGGAUUGAUUUCUCUGGUGAAGAUCAGGUUUCUGGAGACUGAUGAAAAGUUCUCGCUGCGUGGAGAAACCCUACAGAGAGCCAUUCAAGAGGACAGGAGACGGGGCUUAGUGCCUGUCAUGCUGUGUGCAACGCUGGGUUCUACUGGUGUGUGUUCCUUUGACUGUCUGGAAGAGCUGGGACCUAUCUGUGCUUGUGAAGGUCUGUGGCUCCAUGUUGAUGCAGCAUACGCAGGCUCCGCCUUCCUUUGUCCUGAAUUACGUAACUUCCUGUCUGGUGUUGAAUACGCAGACUCAUUUGUUUUCAACCCGUCUAAAUGGAUGAUGGUGCACUUCGACUGUACAGCUUUCUGGGUGAAAGAUAAGUUUAAACUCCAGCAGACGUUUAGUGUUGAUCCUCUUUACCUGAGACACGACAACUCCGGAGCUACAGACUUUAUGCACUGGCAGAUUCCACUGAGUCGCCGUUUCCGGUCAUUAAAGUUGUGGUUUGUUCUACGCUCCUUUGGCCUGAAGAACCUUCAGGCUCACAUCCGACAUGGUAUUGAAAUGGCCAAACUGUUCGAGUCUCUGUUGAGGAGCGACCCAAACUUCCACAUUCCAGCAGAGCGACACUUAGGACUGGUUGUGUUCAGCAUGACUGAAGGAAAUGCUUUUACACAGGAGCUCUUGCGCAGGUUAACACACUCCGGCACCAUGUUCCUGAUUCCGGCCGCUGUCGCUUCCAAACUUAUCAUCCGCUUCACCGUGACGUCACAGUUCACACGCCCAGAGGACAUCCACCGUGACUGGAGCAUCAUCCAGCGCAUGGCCAAAGAGAUCCUGCAGCCAGGCCGCUGGCCCCGCCCCCAGGCGCUUUCCCUGGAAAGCGAGAGCGAAACCGAAACCCUGUGGCAGGAACAGGAAGUGGAGGCACAGCAUGAGCCAUCUAUGAUCGACAAGCAUCUGGUGCGUCAGAAUCAGAGACGCGCCACUCGCUCAAUGAGCUGCAGCGCCGAGCUCCCACCAACCAGACCUGACCCCACCCAUGGUCUAAAGGAGGCCCCGCCCCUCGGAAUGUUGGCGAAGAUUCCAGAGAGCCCUGAGGGGCGGAGAACCACACAGAAGCGUCUGAUGAAGUUCCACAGUGUGCCGAGUUUACCACAGGUUUGGGCUCAGUGCGCCAUUCAACAGUUCUACUGGCCUUUCAGCAAGGCUAACUGCUUCAACUGCUUCACACACUCACACAAACACUCACCGGGCCCACUGUCCACCAAAUAACACACACACUCACACAAACACUCACCGGGCCCACUGUCCACCAAAUAACACACACACUAACACAAACAUACACUCACACACACACUCACCGGGCCCACUGUCCAACAAAUAACACACACACUAACACAAACACACACUCACACACACUCACACACACACUCACUGGGCCCACUGUCCACCAAAUAACACACACACACUAACCCAAACACACACUCACACACACUCACACAAACACUCACUGGGCCCACUGUCCACCAAAUAACACUCACACAAACACACACUCACACACACACUCACCGGGCCCACUGUCUACCAAAUAACACACACACACACACACACACACACUCUAACACGAACACACACUCACCGGGCCCACUGUCCACCAAAUAACAAACACACACUAACACAAACACACACACACACCGGGCCCACUGUCCAUCAAAUAACACACACACACAAACACACACACUCACCGGGCCCAUUGUACACCAAAUAACACACACACUCACCGGGCCCACUGUUCACCAAAUAACACACAAACACAUACACACACUUACCAGGCCCACUGUCCACCAAAUAACACACACACAAACACACAUACACACACACACACUCUCCUGGCCCACUGUCUACCAAAUAACACACACCCACACACACACACACACACAAACACACACACACACUCACCUGGCCCACUGUCUACCAAAUAACACACACACCUACUUCUUAUUCUUCUAAUUACUCUUUUUUAAUAUAUUUCCUGUUGUGCCAGUUGCACUGACAGCUUCCUCUAUAUCUAAGGUUAGGGUUCAGUAAAGUAAAGUGUGUUGGUUUCACAGGGUCAUAUUCCAUCUGCCAUGUUAGCACUGAGAAGUGUGUAGAUGGGAAACAGGAGAUAUGAUGUAACAGUUUUAACACUUUUCAGGCUGAUGUGUCCUUUUCUCAUCUAACUAAAUAUUUCUUCAGCUUACGAUCACAUCUGUGUCAUUUAUUUCUGUUUAUUUUCCCAUUUUUCAUGGCGCCCCUUCAUCAGAGGUCCCAACACCACCACCAAGACAAAAUCCUGGAUGUUUCCACCUCUGAGGUUGUGCUUCACUUUUAGCACACUGUGUUUCAUGUUUCACAUGUCAACAUGUUUCAAACAUGUUUGUGUAGCAAAAUUUUUCUGACCAGGACUUUUUUUAUCACCUUUAGACCUCAUGAGGUUGGAGUGUGAACAGGAACACGUCCACAUUAAGAUUUUAACACACAAUUUCAAACCUUUACACAAUCAC